AUGUCGGACGGUGUCGGGAUUGUGGUUGAAGAUGGGCGUUGGGAGGGAAUUUUGGGAUUGUGGUUGGAAGAUGGGCGUUUGAAACAGAAAAUCACGUAUAUAACAUGGUUUUUAGACACUUCUUGGGAUUUCCGGUUGCUAAUUGCGGCUGAGACCCGGCGGAGAUCGCGAUUCGUCGGCCUUGUCCAUUGCAGCAGCAGUAGCAGCAAUAAUGGAAGCAGCGAUGCUAAAAAGGGAGUCCCAAAUUCGUACUACGUUGUGCCUCUUAACAAGUCAUUUUCCCCUUCCAACUCUUCCUACAUCACUCGUCCACUCGUCGAAAUCCUUCGCGACCUCAACAAGCGUAUCCCUGAUAACGUCGUCAAGCCCCCUUCUAACUCUUCCUCUUACACCUUCAUCCCCUGGUACCAUGCCAAUCGAAUGUUGAGCUUCUACGCCCCUGGAUGGUGUGGAGAAGUGCGUGAUGUUAUUUUUGCUGAGAAUGGAACUAUCACUGUUGUAUAUCGACUCACCAUUCGAGGAUCUGAUGGAGAGGCACAUCGAGAGUCGACAGGCACGGUGUCAAGCAGUGACAUCGGCAUAGGAGAGGAUCCAGUGAGUGCAGCAGAAGAAAUAGCAUUCUGCAGGGCCUGUGCUAGAUUUGGUCUUGGCCUGUAUCUUUACCAUGAACAACAAUAGACACAUGCACAGACAUGCUGUAGAGUGUAGAGGCAAUAUGCUCUUACUCGUACUGUUGAAGUACAUUUUCAUUACUAGACUGCGUGACUAUUAAUUAAAUGAAGGUUUUAAAAUUAGCUUACUUUGAAAUUAUUAUU